AUGAGUGGAUCCGGAUCAGAGCAAAACGCUUCUUCAUCAUCAAACACGUUCAUAAAUAACAAUAGCACGGCGGAACCAUCGUCAGAUGCUAUUCAACAAAGACGACGAAUAUUUCAAAAUUAUUCACUCCUCUGGUUAGACGAGUGUAUGGUCGAAACAAGCAAAGAUUAUGAGAAUGUUUUGACACAAUUAAAAACCAUUACGGAUAAUGUCAACGUCUUUAAGCAACGAGAUGUAUGCAUCGACUUUCUUACAGAUGCUCAAGAAGACAUCAGGUUAUUUCUCGUUGUCAAGGAUACUAUGUCUCAACAAAUAAUGCCUCUCAUUAAUGAUAUUCCUCAGCUGCAUGGUAUCUAUAUCUUUGAUGAUAAUAAAAUUCUACCUGAAGAAUUGAUAAAAAACUGGCAAAAAAUCAAGAGUGUUCAUACCAACUUCGAUGACUUAUACCAAGGAUUACAGUUGGGUAUUAAACAAUACCAUCAAGACUCGAUAGCCAUCAGUUUUAUCACAGCAAAUGAUAUAAAGUCAGCUGAUAAUUUAAAUCAGUUGGAACCAACAUUUAUGUACACUCAGCUGUUCAAAGAAAUUCUUCUUAAUAUGAAAUAUAAUAACCAGACUAUCAAGGAUUUUAUUACUUACUGUCGACAGAAUAAUUUCGGAUCGUCAGUCAAUAUUAAUCUAUUUGAAAAAGAAUACCGAGCUCAAUCAGCUAUUUGGUGGUAUACUUACCCGUCAUUUAUCUACUCUAUGCUCAACGAUGGUCUUCGAACAAUGGACGCCGAUAUAAUUAUCACUAUGGGUUUUUUUCUACGUGAUGUACACGAACGAAUUCAACAGUUAUACGAACACCAAGUCAGUACUUAUGAAAGAAAAUCCUUUGUAGCCUAUCGAGGACAAGGUCUUUUGAAAUCAGACUUCGAAAAACUUCAAAAAACACAAGGCGGCUUAAUAUCAUUUAACAAUUUUUUGUCCACCAGCAGACAUAAAGAAGUAUCCAUCGGUUAUGCUCAGAUUGCUUCAACAGUACCGGAUAAGAUGGGUAUUCUAUUUAUAAUGUUAAUUGAUCCUUGUAUUAAAUCAACACCAUUUGCCUCCAUCGAAAACGAGAGUCAUUUUAAGAACGAAGGUGAAAUUCUCUUCUCAAUGCACACCGUCUUUCGAGUAGGUGCAAUUGAACAAAUGGACAAUAAUAAUCAACUUUAUCAAGUUGAAUUACAAUUAACGUCAGAUGAUGACCAACAACUACGAUUGCUAACUGAUCGGAUACGAAAAGAAGUUGGUGGUACUGGAUGGCAGAGACUGAGUGACAUAUUGCUCAAAAUAGGUCAAUUUAAUAAAGCUGAAGAACUUUAUAACGUAUUACUCGAACAGACAUCUGAUGAGGGUGAAAAAGCGAUUUAUUAUAAUCAGCUUGGAUUAGUGCGUUCGAAUCAAGGUGAUUAUGAAAAGGCUAUUUGGUAUUACGAAAAAGCACUUGAAAUUCAACAAAAAACUCUUCCUUCAAAUCAUCAUGAGUUGGCUACUUUAUACAACAACAUCGGUAGUGUAUAUGCUAGUAUGGGAGAGUAUACGAAAGCACUUUCGUUUUUCGAAAGAGCACUUGAGAUCAAUCAAAAAACGCUUCCUUCAAAUCAUCCUAAAUUGGCCGGUCCAUACAACAACAUCGGUUUGGUGUAUGACAGGAUGGGAGAGUGCUCGAAAGCACUUUCGUUUUUCGAAAAAGCACUUAAAAUUAGACAAAAAACUCUUCCUUCAAAUCAUCCUGAUUUGGCUGGUUCAUACAACAACAUCGGUGGUGUAUAUGCUAAUAUGGGAGAGUACUCGAAAGCACUUUCGUCUCACAAAAAAGGUCUUGAAAUUGAUCAAAAAACUCUUCCUUCAAGUCAUCCUGAUUUGGCUCUUUCGUACAACAACAUCGGUAACGUGUAUGAGAAGAUGGGAGAGCACUCGAGAGCACUCUCAUUUUACGAAAAAGCGCUUGAAAUCAAUCAAAAAACUCUUCCUUCAAAUCAUCCUGGUUUCGCGCUGUCAUAUAACAACAAUGGUAGUGUGUAUGAGAAAAUAGGAGAGUAUUCGAAAGCACUUUCAUUUUACGAAAAAGGUCUUGAAAUGAACCGAAAAACUCUCCCUUCAAAUCAUCCUGAUUUCGCGCAUUCACACAUCUACAUCGGUAGUGUGUAUGAGAAGAUAGGAGAGUACUCGAAAGCACUUUCAUUUUUCGAAAAAGGUCUUGAAAUCUAUCAAAAAACUCUUCCUUCAAAUCAUCCUAAUUUGGCUGGUUCAUACAAUAACAUCGGCAAUGUAUAUGCUAGUAUGGGAGAGUAUACGAAAGCACUUUCAUUUUUCGAAAAAGGUCUUGAAAUCUAUCAAAAAACUCUUCCUUCAAAUCAUCCUAAUUUGGCUGGUUCAUACAACAACAUCGGUUUGGUGUAUGACAAGAUGAGAGAAUACUCGAAAGCACUUUCAUCUCACGAGCAAGCACUUGAUAUCAUUCAAAAAACUCUUCCUUCAAAUCAUCCUUCAUUGGCCAAUUCGUACAAUAACAUCGCUUUGGUGUAUACAAUGAUGGGAGAGUAUUCGAAAGCACUUUCAUUUUACGAAAAAGACCUUGAAAUUUCACAAGAAGCUCUUCCUUCAAAUCAUCCCGACUUGGCUACAUCAUACAACAACAUCGCUUUGGUGUAUUACAGUAUGAAAGACUAUUCGAAAGCACUAUCAUAUUUCGAACGUGCUCUGGGCAUCAGACAACGUGCAUUACCCCCAAAUCAUCCUAGUAUUAAAGAUGUGAAAAGGGAUAUUGAAAGCGUAAAAAAGAAAUUAUAA